CAUAUACUGUAGUUUAAUUGUUCAAAAUCUAAACCAAGUCCUCCAAUUAUGAGCUCCUCCGCUUGAAGGCGUGACACUCAAGGAAUCUACGACGGAGAGUUGAAACAUUUGAACGGAGUUUUAGAAAUUGCCAUCAGAAUCAGUACUUAAUAAUGGAAGGAGAGAAAAUGAUAGGAGAUCGCGGCCUUUUGGCCGCUCCUCUGACGUUCUUCAUGGUCGUCGUGUUUCAGUUGCUAUCUAAGAAGCUCGACCAAUUGAAGAAGAGAGGGUCGAAGAAGAAUACGAGGGAAGCAGAGCUGCGAUCCGAGAUUAAGCAUCUUUUGAGAGAGGCCACUGCAUUGUCUCAGCCAGCCACGUUUGCGCAAGCGGCCAAACUUAGGAGGUCAGCAGCUACUAAAGAGAAAGAACUUGCACAAUAUGCGGAGCAGCAUAACAACGAAAUUAAGCUCUCAUACGAUCAGCAUGGCAACGUUCUGCUUGCUUCAAAGGUUUUGGUAUACCUAAUCUUGAUAUUUUGCUUCUGGAGGACUCCCAUUGCCAUUAUUGCUAAGCAACUUGUUCAACCCUUUGGGAAUUUGUUAUCUUGGGGAACAGGAGGUCACUUGACAGGCCAUGUAAUGGUUGGGAUCAUACCAUGGCUAAUACUCUCAACCAGAGUGAGCAAAUAUGUAUGUAGGUUCGUGGAUUUCUAAAUCACAAGUCCGGAAAAGAGUGGAAGUCAAGGUUUUUGAGUUUAAAAGCUGUAGCCUUUUUCUAGUUGAAUGUAAAAAUAUAUCCAGACCAAAAAGUCUUUGUUACAAUGGAUACAUCAUGGGUUUUCUUCCCCCAUUUGGGUUACAAAUGUUAGAAACUUAACUUGACUUGACAAUGUGGUCGGUGGAGCUUGCAGCUCAGAAUAAACGGCUACUGGCGAAUCUCCAAUGCUUUGUUUUUUUAAUAGAAAAAUUCUAAAACAG